GCCGCGCCGCGCACCGCCUCACAGACGCUCCUCGCAGCUCCGUGCAGCCGCGCGCUGGUCAACAUGGUCGGCGGCUCGUGCGCUCGCAGGUUGGCCCGCCGGUCGCGGUCCGCCCUGAUCGCAGCCCUCACGGUGCUGCUGGUGCAGACGCUGAUCGUGUGGAACUUCAGCACCCUCGACUCCGGCGAGGACCGGGAGAACGGACGCUCCGGCGUGCGGGAGAAGCGGGACCGGGGAGCGGGCAACAAAGCCGCUGGCAGCGACUAUUUCCAGCGGCGGCCGCCGCAGCAUCUCCCCCCGCCGGGGAGGGGGACGUCUCGACACAUCCAGCAGCCGGACGGAUAUUACUCCCACCGGCCCAAGGAGAAAAGCAGAGUCGACAGCAACAACGAGAACUCUGUGCCCAAAGACUUUGAGAAUAUAGACAAUAGUAACUUUGGCGCUCGCUCGCAGCCGCACCGGCAGCCUGUGGGCGCCACCGGCAGCAAGCAGCAGCGGGAGCAUCUGCAGGAGAAGGCCCACGCCCAGCGGCAGGCCUGGAGGGACAACUCCCAGAGCCUGGGCCGCAGCUCCAACGAGGUCCUGCCCGUCGGCCACCAGCCGCUGGCGCUCGGCAACAACGCGUCCUACGCCGGUGGUCAGGGCGCCGCCGGGGGAUACCGGCACCACUACCGCGCCCCGCAGGCGCAGCAGGCCCAGCCGCAGCACAGGCAUCAGCACCCCCACAGGAGGCAGGCCACCGCCGCCACGCUGGAGGUGACCUACGACCAGCCGCCCAAGUGCGAGAUCAGCGGGAAGGAAGCCAUCUCGGCGCUGUCCAGGGCCAAGAGCAAGGAGUGCCGGCAGCAGAUCGCCGAGGUGUACUGCCGACACAAGGAGGGACAGCUGAUGCCCGAGAAGGUCACCCGGUACUGCCCCCUCGAGGGUAAAGCCAACGUGAACAUCCAGUGGGACGAGGACUCCGCUGAGAGCUUUCCAGCCAAGCCAGUGAGGAUUGCGUUCGUGCUGGUGGUCCACGGACGAGCGUCCCGCCAGUUCCAGCGCCUCUUCAAGGCCAUCUACCACACCUCCCAUUACUACUACGUCCACGUGGAUCAGCGCUCGAACUACCUGCACAGGCAGAUCCAGGCCCUGGCGGCCAAGUACCCCAACGUCAGAGUGACACCGUGGCGCAUGGCCACCAUCUGGGGCGGAGCCAGUCUGCUGACCAUGUAUCUCCGCAGCAUGGCCGACCUGCUGGCCAUGAGGGACUGGAGCUGGGAUUUCUUCAUCAACCUCAGCGCCGCCGACUACCCGAUCAGGACGAAUAACCAGCUGGUGGCGUUCCUGUCCAAAUACAGAGACAUGAACUUCAUCAAGUCUCACGGCAGGGACAACGCCAGGUUCAUCCGGAAGCAGGGUCUGGACCGCCUCUUCUUUGAGUGCGACACCCACAUGUGGCGGCUCGGCGACCGUAAAAUCCCAGAAGGCAUCUCUGUGGACGGCGGCUCCGACUGGUUCCUCCUCAACCGCGCGUUCGUGGAAUACGUAAUCGACUCCAAGGACGAUCUGGUGGCCAACAUGAAGCGCUUCUACGCCUACACCCUGCUGCCGGCCGAGUCGUUCUUCCACACGGUGCUGGAGAACAGCGCGCACUGCGAGAGCAUGGUGGAUAACAACCUGCGCAUCACCAACUGGAACCGCAAGCUGGGCUGUAAGUGCCAAUACAAGCACAUCGUGGACUGGUGCGGGUGCUCGCCUAACGACUUCAAGCCCGCGGAUUUCCACCGCUUCCAGCAGACCGUGCGGCCCACCUUCUUCGCCAGGAAGUUCGAAGCCAGCGUGAACCAGGAGAUCGUGAACCAGCUGGACGCGUACCUGUUCGGCCCGUUCCCCCAGGGCACGCCGGCCCUCAACUCCUACUGGGAGAACGUGUACGACGAGCCGGACGGCGUGUCCAGCCUGUCGGACACCCAGCUCACCUACUACCACUCCUUCUCCCGCCUGGGCCUGGCCCGGGCGGCCACCUCGCUGCAGGGGAACCCCAGCGACCACAGCUGCAGGUACUUCCCCAUGGGGCACCCGGUGUCCGUGCACCUCUACUUCCAGUCGGACCAGUUCCAGGGCUACCUGGUCCGGCACCACGCCACCAACCUGGCAACCAGCAAGCUGGAGACCAUGGAGACGUGGGUGGCCCCCAAGAGGAACUUCAAGCUGACCACGCCUCCCGCCAGCACCUUCAGCAGGCUGCAGUUCGCAGAGAUCGGCACGGAGUGGGACGCCAAGGAGCGCAUGUUCAGGAACUUCGGCGGCCUGCUGGGCCCCAUGGACGAGACGGUGGGCAUGCAGAAGUGGAGCAAAGGGCCCAACGUCACCGUCACCGUGGUGUGGAUCGACCCCACCAACGUCAUCGCCGCCACCUACGACAUCCUGAUCGACGCCAGCGCCGAGUACACCCACUACCGCCCGCCGCUCAACCAGCCCCUGCGGCCGGGCGUGUGGAGCGUCCGCAUCCUGCACCACUGGAGCCCCGUGGCGGAGAUGCGCUUCCUCAUCGCGCCAUUAGCUUACAGCAAGCGGCAGCCCAUACGGCAAGACGACACCCUGAAGCUCCACAACGGCCCGGCGAAGAACAGCUACAUGGAGCAGAGUUUCCAAGGCCUCAACCCGGUGCUCAACAUCCCGGUCAGCCUGGGCUACGUGGAGCAGGCCAAGCGGAACGCGGCCCUGACCGGCCCGGAGCUGGAGCGCUGGCUGGACGGCCUGGUGGGCGAGCUGUGGGAGGCGGCGGACGUCUGCGCCGUGGGCCCCACGGCCUGCCCCGUCAUGCAGGCCUGCCCCAAGAACCCCUGGAGCUCCCUGAGCCCGGACCCCAAGUCCCAAGUGGGAGUGCCGCGUGCCGACGGCCGCAUCAGGUAGCAGCGACGCCUCCGGCUGGACGGGAGGCCGCGGCGCUGCUUCACAUUAUUU